AUGCCCUCUCCCAUGGUCAAUGCCACGCUGCAAGCAGCAACGCUGUCAUCAAUCUCCAACAUCCUCGCGCAGGUCAUCGACGCUUACCGGGGCGGCCGCCCGCUCGCCUUUAACCCAAUCGAGUUCCUCCGCUUCGUCAUCCUGACCUUGAUUACUGCUCCGCCCAACUACGUGUGGCAGCAGUUCCUCGAACGCACCUUCCCUGCAUACCCGGGCCCUGCCGGCCUCGGUCACGCCCACCGCUCGCCCCGCGUGUCCAGCGACGGCGACGUCGAGAAACGCGGCGACGAGGGCCUUUUGCACGUCGAAGAGGAGAAGCCCAAGCUCAAUCUCAAGAACACCAUUACGAAAUGGUUCGUCGACUGCAUAACCAUGGGCGCCAUCAUGAACACGGUCGCCUUCCUGGUCAUCAUGGGCCUCAUGAAGGGGCAGUCGAGCGCCCAGAUCGGGGGUAAUAUCAGGACGGAGACGAUCCCGAUUAUCGUCGCCGGCUACAAAAUCUGGCCCAUCGCCUCCAUCAUCAGCUUCAGCUUCAUCCCCGUCGAGAGGCGCAUCGUCUUCCUAAGCGCAAUCGGCCUCUGCUGGGGAAUCUACAUGAGUCUCGUUGCCGCCCGCGUGUAA